AGUUGUGUCCAUGUUGCUGAGGCACAAGGAAGAACAUUUAGACGCAUAGAUAGCUUAAAACAGCAGCACAGUUUAUUUUAGCGUCAACAGUGAAACGGGAGAGUUUACUAAGGGCGUGUGGAAGUUGUACGUUUUCAUGGUAAAGCUGAGGGCGAGGUGUCUGCUUGUCGGAGAUGCUGCAGUGGGGAAAAGUGCCCUUUCUCAUAUAUUCUACAGUGAUGGCACACUCUUCCAGAAGAACUACAGUAUGACAACAGGAGUGGAACUGCUAAUGAAAUGUGUCAACAUCCCAGAGACGAAGGACAGUGUGGAGCUCUACAUCAUAGACUCUGCAGGGAAGGAGACAUUAGUGGAAGCCUGUGAGAAAAUGUGGGGUGAACCCUCACUGCUGUGCCUGGUUUUUGACCUGACCAGUGAGCAGUCUUUUGCCAACUGCAGCUGCUGGAUGGAGAGAGUCCGUGCCCACUGCCAGGGUCUCCAAAUUCCAGGUGUCUUGGUGGGCAACAAGUCAGACCUGUCUGCUAGAAGGGAGGUACAGGCAUCUGUGGCCAAAGAAUGGGCCCAGAGCCAGGGAUUGGAGUACCAUGAGACAUCGGCUAAGGAGAUGGAAAACUGUGACGCACCUCUUCUCAGUUUAGCCCGGGCCUUCCACUCUCUCUACCAAGAGCGCCGUGAAACCAUCCAAAACCUUAAUCCAGGCUAGACCCCUCCCAGUCACUCUCACACACACACAAACCUUGAAUUUUCACCAAUAGGACAUCAGGCAAAGAUUUCUAUUCAGAGAAUUUUUAGACUGAUGGCUGUCAAAGCUUUAAAUAGAUAUUACAUGUAAAAGAAAAAAAAAUAAUUCUUUUGUACCACCCAAACUGCAGAACAAGUCUAAAAAUUACAUGUUUGGAAUAAUAUUUUUAUAUAACUGCAAAUAAAGUUGUCUUUCUGGCAUAAUCAGCA